AUGGAUGUUGACCAAGAUCACAUUCACAAGUACGACGAGUAUGUUCGAGGCCCAGCCCGGGAGGUUAUCACCGUUGAGACAAGGAUCAAACCCCAUAAUAAGGGCUUUGCCAUGCUUUCAAAGCUGGGUUGGACUGAGGGACAACCCCUUGGGCUAUCCGGGGACGGUCGCGUUGACCCUAUUCCGUUCCAAAUUAAGCGAGACUUGACUGGCCUGGGGAAGACGAGCCAAGAUGUUAGAAUGAUAGAGACGACUGUAUCUCAACGUCGAGGCCUCGACUCCGAGCGACAGCAGAAGGAAACAGAAGAUCAACGGAAAGCACGAGAGGAUCUCGUUGCUCGGAAGUUCGCUCUUCGAGAUGAGAUCACAACGACGUUGAAGGCAUUUUACUGCAGCCUCUGUGAUAAGCAAUUCAAGAACGUGGCUCAAUAUGAUGAACACACGAACUCGUACGCGCACCAUCACAAGGCUCGGUUCAAGGAUAUGCAGGCGAAUGUGCGGCUCAUACCCAAGGAGGAGGUCGACAAACGGAAGGAGAAGGAGCUAAAGCGAGAGGAAAAGCAACUCAGGAAAAUUGCAGCCGCGAAUGGUAUCAAAAUGCCUAAACCCCCUGUUAAACCCCCUGCUGUCCCAGCGGUACCUCUUCCCACUUCGUCAGAUAAUGCUCUCGGCACUAUGAUGGAAGUUGAGACGAAGCCCUCGGAGUCUAAGGGAUGGGCCUCGUUAUCUACGACUCCAUCAGACUCCACUCCGCCGCAACCUGGUUUCAGAAAAUCAGGGUGGGCUACUGUUGGGUCGUCAUCCACGGUAUCACCGCCAGUGCCUUUCAUGCCAUCUACCUCUGCACCCUCAAACGCGAGCAAUCCAGCUCCCAUUCCGCACCACCCCUCUUUUCGUAACGCUGGCUGGACCACCCUUGACACGGGAAGCUCGUUCCCCGCUAUUCCGACGUCCAAUCCACCACCUCCAACGUCUCCACCUCCGCCUCCUCCAGAUAGUCCAAGACGUGGCUGGUCUACCCUUCCGCCAGUCAACGCCCAACAUUCCCAGCAUCCCAGGUCGGUGUCAUCAUCUGACACAGGACUUGCGCGACAUCCCAUGUCUCAACCACCUGGAUCUGGGUGGCAACAAUUUCAUGGAGUUGGGCAGGGACGAAGAUAA